ACUGCUGGAGUAGAUGGGCCAGGGGUCUGAUCCAGCAAGGCACUGCUUAUGUUCUUAUGUAAGCCAUGAUCAGCAGACUAGCGUAGGUGAAGCCAGGUGCUGAUUCAAAGUUUUCUUCUCUUUGGCUGGAGCAGCUGGCACAGUGUUCGUGUCAACAGAAGACGCAAAUCAAGUCCUGACAAGAUCCAGACGUGCUGCUUUUAUGUUUUUUGAGGAAAUUUUCGAAGGGAAUAUAGAAAGAGAAUGCCUUGAGGAAAGGUGUACGCGUGAGGAAGCAAGAGAGGCUUUUGAAGACACAGAAGACACUAAUGAAUUUUGGAGCGUCUAUUUUGGUGGUAUGCAGUGUUCUUCCAACCCCUGCCUUCAUAAUGGUGCAUGCAGGGACACAAUUCGCAGCUACACGUGUGACUGUAGAGAUGACUUCGAAGGAAUAAACUGCGCUUUUGCUAAAAAUGAGUGCCGCCAUGAAAUCCACGAAGGGUGUCAGCAUUUCUGCUAUCCAGAACUCAACUCUUACCGCUGCUCGUGUGCCAAAGGCUAUGAAUUGGGGGAAGACAGUAAAUCAUGCAUUCCACAAGGUGGAUGUGCAUGUGGAAGACUUCAGGAUCAUCUUUCAUUUCAACUCAGUGCAAGUGACAAGACUUACAGAGAAUUCCCCUGGCAGGCCUUGCUGUUAAACUCAGAAGGAAAAUGGAUCUGUGGAGGUGUUCUCCUGAAAACUAACUUUAUAUUGACUACAGCUGAAUGCGCCAAGCUGUCUCCUAUUAGUGCUGUGAUUGGCAUCAACAAGUCACAAAGACCAGUUCAAGUAAUACCAGUGAAAGAAUCAAAUAUAUACACCCGCUAUGACAGCACCACUGGCGAGAACAACGUGGCUUUGCUUGAGCUUAACAGCCAAAUUGACUGCGACAGUAACCAUUUGCCCAUAUGCGUUCCAGAAAGGGAUUUUGCAGAGCAUGUUUUGAUCUCAGAAAUGGAAGGUAUUCUCAGUGGCUGGAACGCAAAUGGAAAUCACCUGACACCCUCCCCAGUGGAGAGGUCGGUUUUAUACCUCAAUGAGAGUGACUGCAAGCAAAUUCUCAACAGAAAUCUGAUAACAAGGGAAUUCUGUGGUUCCAGUCAAGGGCAAGCAAGGGAAAUGCUUGCGGGAGGAAGUUUUAAUGCUGUUCCCUAUAAAGGCACAUGGUUUCUGACCGGGGUUUUAGAACCAUGGGCAACAGAAACAAUUAACUGGGAAACAUUUGUAUUUACCAAGACCUCAAGAUACAUGAUGUGGUUUAAACAAAUAAUGGGAUAAUUAAAAUAUAAAGACAAAAAACUAUAUAAAAUGAGGAGCCAGUGUGUAAUGUAUUCAGGUCUGAACCACUGCCAUAAAUAUUAUGUAUGCUUAUCAAUGAAAAUAAAACUUUUUUCCUUCUUCCA